AAGUCAGGAGUCCUCACUCGCCCCGGGGCCGGUCGCCGUCAUGGGGAUAGACCGGCGGCGGAGAGCAUCUAUGGCUCUCACCUUGAACUUCCUCGCCUUGUUCCUGGCCGUGUCCGCGCUCACCACCAGCUACUGGUGCGAGGGCACGCGUAAAGUGGUGAAGCCGUUCUGCACCGGCCCGGUCACCACCAAGCAGUCGUUCUGCAUCAGGUUCAACAGCUCCAACGUCAACGACACGCGGCUGGUUCAGUACAUCUGGGAGACCGGGGAGGACAAGUACGUGAUGAGGAAGUUUCACACCGGCAUCUGGUUCUCCUGCGAGCAGAACAUCAACAUGACCAGUGAAAACUGCAGAAGUUUCCUUAAUGUUGCACCUUCAAAUGAAAGAGGAGUGCUAUGGCUGUGCAUUGUUGCUGAGUGCCUGUACAUCCUCCUACUGGCCACCGGAGGCAUCCUCAUGUCUCUUGAGGUGUGUCAUUUCGGCAAUGUCAUCGAUGGCCUCAAGCUCAACGCCUUUGCUGCCAUAUUCACUGUGCUCUCAGGUCUGUUGGGGAUGGUGGCCCACAUGAUGUUCACCACUGCUUUCCAGCUGACUGUCAGUCUGGGCCCAGAGGACUGGAAACCUCAGACGUGGGAUUACAGCUGGUCGUACAUUCUGGCAUGGAGUUCCUUCACAGCCUGCAUGGCGUCCUCGGUCACCACCAUCAACCGCUACACUAAAACCAUCCUGGAGUUCAAGCACAAGCGCAGAAACAUCGAGAAGAACCUGAAGAUCAAGCAGAAGCUGUUGGAGCUGGACUCUCCGGAGCAAGUGUGGGACAUGUAUAUCAGCUCUGUGCCGAGCACUGCCGAGGAGCUGCUGGACCUGUCGUCCAACGGCCGCAAACUCUCCGACACCUCCAUCUUCCUGGACCUCAACAACCUGCCCAACCAACAGGGAGAGGAGUACUGCUAG